AUGGAUCUUUAUUUCUCCGCAGCUCCUGGUCCAUCAGAUUGGUAUAUAAAAUGGGAACGAUGUGGUGGUAAUCGGCAAUCUCCGAUCAACAUCGACACGACUCGGGUGAGAGAGAGAAAGUACCGAACUCUGAAAAUAGAAUUCGACAACUCCAGAGGCCUGGUCGCUGGGGACCUGGAAAAUAAUGGAAACUAUCCCACUUUUUCUGUUGAUAAGAGCAAAGGAACAGCGAGACUUAAAGGAAGUCGGCUUACAGACACGUACGUACUGAAAGGGUUCCACGUGCACUUCGGAUGCGAAAACGAUCGGGGAUCGGAACACACUCGUAAUGGCCGACGUUAUUCUGACGAGGUAAUAAGAUGCUACACUCGUUUCCUUUCCAAAGGGGAAUUUCUUGUGAUUUUUUUGUUUCGCGUCUUCCCUCAAAUCACACAAAAAAUUCACGUUUUGAUUUGUGGAAGGGACCAGAGGCCUUUCAUUCAGUCCCAAUGCUCAGUUUAGAUCUCUGUUAAAAUUCCAAUACUCAUUGGCAGAACUUCUGCUUUUCUUCCAGGUUCAUUUUCUCUUUGAAGAUCCAAGUGGACGAUAUGCAGUCGUAGCCUUUUGGCAUGACAAAGCAGAAUAUUCGCCCAUUCACGACUUUAACUUAAUUCGGUAUCUUGGGGGUUUUUCGAAGGAAGGGCAGUGAUACCGUACCCAGCUUUCAUUUCCAUCUUAUAUUACAUUACGGAAUGCUUUUCCGAAUAUACGAGACGAAAGUCUUUCUAAUUUAUGAAUCGGAAGGGCGGAAAAGGAGGUUUAAUAAUUUGUAACGUAUUUUUUGUAACGCUCUGUUUGUAUUCAUACCUAAUUUUCUUGUUCAGCAUUCUACUACGAAAGAAAACGUGAUUCUAGGAAGGUUUGCAAAUCAGCUGGAAAAGAUUAAAGAAGUCGGUAAGUGAGUUAAAAUGUAUACUCCAUCCACACCAAAGAUUUAAUGUGUUUUAAAGCUGUUUUGUUAAACACUGUUUCAUUUGUUUUCGUAGAAGCUUCUUAAACCAAUUUUUCGCGACUUCCAAUGUUGCGCUUUGAAAAUACGAAAGUAGCUAUUUCUUGAUUCAUGGAAAACUCAGUUUUUCAGUUCUCUGCUUUUGAGUUUCGUUGAAUGAAAAUAUUGAAAUUAAAAAUUGAUUCCACAGAUCAGUCUACGGAAAUAAAGAAGGCGAUUGGAAUUACUCUGAUGGAUCUUAUACCACACAAAAGUCGGCAACGAAAAACCUUGAUAUUGGCAGACUAUUACUACUAUAAAGGCUCCCUAACCACCCCUCCCUGCUGCGAAAAUGUGUCAUGGUUCAUUUUGAAACCAAGAGUUCCUAUUACAGACUAUGAGGUAUUUAUGAAACAGCAGGGGCGGACCAUAAAUUUUUCAUAAGGCGGGGGGGGGGGACGUGCAAACUAAGCUUGGAAAUAUUCCAAAUAAACAUAAAAGGGCGGGAAAAAGAGAGCGAUAAAGUCCUGAAUAGUAAUAUGUUAGCUUUCCAACUAAUUGGUUGAGAGGAGUAUAGAUAUACAGCUAAUGAUUGAAACAAUGCAAUUACAGAUGACUUUCAAUAAGAACUUCACCCUUUACACCCUGACAUCAUUAUGCUGACAAGGAGACUUUCACAAAAGAUAAAGAGCUUCUUUGCAGAUCGUUUUCAUUAUAUUCUCGUGACCUUCAUGUCUGAUUCAGGGGGAAUAUUGUAGGGAGAAACUCUUAGGAGUCAAACAAAAUCUACAAUAUUUUCUUUAGAAUAGAAUGUGACCAAUUCAAUAAAUACACGAGCAAAACGACUUCAUCUGUUUCUCUUUGUUUGUUUCGUUUACAGCUGUCGCAGUUCAGGACAUUGGAGGGCCGUUAUCCCAAGGACCCCCCGGCCAUGUGUGACAACUACAGACCACUUCAGCCGCGGAAUGGCCGCCGAGUUUAUUCCGUCACUAACUUGAAGUAA